AUGUCUUCGGUAAAGCAAAUCCCAACUAGAGAAGAUAUAGAGUUGGGUGAUCUAGAUGAAGAUAUAUAUUCUUCAUCAUCAAAAUCAAAUGAUAUUUCUACCAAUUCACCAAAAUCAAAAUAUAAUAAUUUCAUAAAUGGUUUUAAACGAGCUCCAAAAACUGAUAUUGUUGGUGAUGAUAGAAAGAAAGCUAUACUGAAAAAUGAAUUAAGAUUAAUGUCAUUAUCUACUGGAUUAGGUACUGGAUUAUUAGUUGCAAGUGGGGGUAGAUUACAUACUGCUGGGCCCGGGGGUGUAUUAAUAGCUUAUUCAAUAACUGGAAUAUUAAUGUUAGUUCCAACAAUAAAUUGUGUUUCUGAAUUAAGUAUAAGUUAUACGGGAUUACCUGGAGGUUUUCAAUCUUAUUAUGCAAAAUUUAUAGAUGAAAGUUUAGGAUUUGCAUUAGGUUGGAAUUAUGCAUUUCAAUGGUGUUGUGUUUUGAGUUUGGAAUUAGUUACUGCUGCAAUGACUAUAAAAUUUUGGAAUACUUCAGUUAAUCCUGACGUUUGGGUAACAAUAUUUUUUAUUAUCGUCAUUUUGAUCAAUUUAGGUGGAGCAAAAACAUAUUCCUAUGCUGAAGCAUUAUUUAAUUCAUGUAAAGUGUUAAUGCUUUGUGGAUUUAUCAUAUUUGGAUUGGUUAUUGAUGUAGGAGGAGGACCACAGGGUUUUAUUGGUGGAAAAUACUAUAGAGACCCUUAUAUCCCGGUCUCUGGUUUCAAGAACGUCCUAAAAGUGUUUAUUUCGGGUGUCUUCUCUAUGGGUGGAAGCGAAUUUAUCAGUAUAGCUGCAAGUGAAACCAAAAAUCCCCGAACUUCUAUCAGAGCUGCAUCGAAAUUGGUGUGGGUAAAAGUUAUUGUCUUAUUUUUGGGAAGUUUGACAUUCGUAGGACUUUUGGUCCCUUCUAAUAGUGAUAGACUCAUGGGAUCCGGAGAUUCUGCUACUCAUGCAUCUCCUUACGUAUUAGCUGCUGAAUUAAAUGGUGUCAAGGUGUUACCACAUAUUAUAAAUUCAGUUAUUUUAAUUUCUGUCACUUCCGUCGCAACAGCCGCAAUGUAUAGUUCACCAAGGUUAAUUCAGUCUAUGUCUCAACAGGGACUUGGUCCAAAGUGGUUAGAUUACAUAGAUAGAGAAGGAAGGCCCUUUAGAGCUUGGGUAUUGGUUGUAAUAUCUGGGUUUUUUGCUUACAUAGCUGCUUUUGAUCAGCAAGAAACUGUAUUUAAUUGGCUUUUAUCUAUAUCAGGUAUUUCAUUUGUGUUAUGUUGGUUAUUCAUUUGUGUUUCCUAUGUUAGGUACAGAGCAGCAUUAAAAUAUAAUAAAAUUUCACUUGAUUCAUUGGCUUAUAAAUCUCCCACUGGUUUAUUAGGUGCAUAUGCAUCAAUAAUAAUAAAUUCAUUAAUUUUGAUUGCUCAAUUCUGGACGUCAUUAUUUCCUGGUUCUAAACCAGAUGCAAAUAAUUUUUUUCAAAAUUAUUUAGGUGCUCCUGUAUUUGUGGUGUGUUAUAUAAUUCAUAAAAUUUGGACGAGAAAUUGGAAAUUAUAUAAACCGGUCAGUCAGAUUGAUGUUAAUAAAGAUAGAAUUAUAUAUGACCCUGAAUUAUUGGAAUUGGAAAAUCUAGAAGAUUUGGAACGGUAUAAAAAAGCACCAUUUUGGAAAAAAAUAUUGAUCAUUUGUUUCGAUUAA